AUGAGCAAUGCUGAGAUAAUCAGUUCUACAAACCUUAUAAUUCUGCUAGAGGAUGAAAUCUUUGCCGAUUUUUUCAACACAUUUCUUUCUCUCCCGAUUGCAAAGUACAAAGGAUUAUUGACCUGGUUGGAAAAAUACCGGUUACCUUUCUUCUGCAAAACCAACUUGUGUUUCCAUUACAUUCUCUGUCAAGAGCUCAUCAGUUUCAUUAAGUCCCCAGAAGGAGCCAAGAUGUUGAGAUGGAAAAAAGCAGACCAGUGGCUACUCCAGAAGUGCAUUGGUGGGGUCAGAGGGAUGUGGCGCUUCUGUACCUACCUCAAAGACAGUACAGGUGAAGAGCUGGUGGAUUUCUGGAUCCUUGCUGAGAAGAUCUUGAGCAUAGAUGAGAUGGACCUGGAAAUGAGAGACCACUAUCUGUCCCUCCUCCUUGUGCUGAAGGCUACCCAUUUACAGGAGGGCUCAAGAGUAGUGACUCUCUGCAACAUGAACAUCAAGUCCCUUCUGAACCUAUCCAUCUGGCAUCCCAACCAAUCAACCACCAGGAGGGAGAUUUUGAGCCACAUGCAGAAAGUGGCUCUGUUCAAACUUCAGAGCUAUUGGCUCCCCAACUUUUACACCCAUGCCAGGACGACUAUGGCCAAAGUGGAAUCAUGCCAAGGUCUGCUGCAGGAAUAUGAGACUCGCCUAUGCAGUGUUUGCUGUACUCACAUAGGAGAACUCCCUCUAAACAUGAGCAUCAAGAAGUGCCACUACCCCCAGAAGAGGUACUCAAGCAAGACGACCAAGAGGAGGAUGUGGCAGCUGACAGACCAUGGCUCUACUCUGGAAAUAGAUACCAAACCAGAAACCAACAUUACGCCCCUCCAGGAGAUGUGUGCUCAAGUUAAGGACACAUACAAAUACAAAUAUACACAAAUGCCCUCCUUGAAAGUGACGUCUUCAAAGGAGAGAAUAAUCAGUUCCCAGGAAAAGGAUAUUCUCUGUGCCGGGAAGUCUAACAUGAAGAAGAAAUCCAAGAGCCACCUCCACAUGGAGGGCCUCUUUGAGACAACGUUCUCUACACACAUGAGGACUGUCACCCCUAGCAUCAAUCACUGCCCCCAGAUGACAAUCAAGAAAGUCAUCAAACAAAGCAUUUCCUUAGGGUACACCCACUGGGCCUUGUGUGCUGAUGACUGUGCAGGGCGUCCCUUCCGGCACUACCUGAAAAAGCAGAAUUUGAAAGUGGAGAUCCAACUCCUGGACCUCUGGCAGGACCUGCACCAUUUCCUCAGUGUCCUGAUAAGUAACAGGAAGACUGGGAAUACUGUCUUUCAGCACAUGCUGGGCAACAGAAUUUGUGAACUCUACCUGAAUGAACAGAUUGGUCCAUGCCUACCACUAAAAUCCCAAACCAUUGAAGGCCUGAAGGAGAUGCUGCCUUCUGGGAAUGUAAACCCCUGGAUUCCCAGAGCCCAGAGGGAGAUCUGCAAGAUGCUCAGUCCCUGGUAUGAUGAAUUCCUGGAUGAAGAGGACUACUGGUUUCUCAUUUUUACAACUCAGACCAAGUUCAUCAGAGACAAAUGGCAUAAAAAAGGAUCUAUAAGCAAAGAAAAGAACAUUCUUCUUUAUAAGAGGUGUGAGGAAUCCCUGGAGCUAAGCCAGGGUCUGGCUAACAUGGAGAAAAUGGAUUCUCUGCAGUGGCAAAAGAUAGCUACUGAGGACCUGAGACAAGGCGGGUCUCUCCAGGUAGAACUAAAGUCUCCGGUGCUUCAAGCAGACCUAGAGAAAAUGUCCUUUGGGGAACUCUGCUAUAAGUAUCCAAAGAUGGCCAUACAGAAGAUCAGUGAUGACUAUAAAAUAUAUUGUGAAAAAGAACCUAAAGUAGAUUUCACAGUGGAAAUUAUCAGAGAACCAAGAGUGGUCUCACCCUCACCUAGGAAAACAUCAUUUUACAAAAGGACUGGUGUGAGGAAGCCCUCAUUAAGACCUAGAAACUUGACAGAAGUCCUCCUAAAUUCAAACCACUUGGAAUUCUUCAGGGAGUUCCUCAAAGAACGGAAGGCUGAUAGCCCCUUGAAAUUCCUGAUGGCCAUACAUAAGAUCAGUAUUGAGACAAAUGAAAAAAUUUACAAGUCUCUCUUUGAAAAUAUAAUCAAGACUUUCUUCCAUGGCAAAGUCCCUGCUGAAGUAAUACUGCAGUGUGAUGCCCCUAUUAUACAAGAAAUCUCUCACAUGCGUCAUGUCAGCACAACUACAUUAUUAACGCUACAGGGAUAUGUCAUGAAAUCUCUAGAAGAAAAGUGGUUUAAAGAUUACCAAGAGCUGUUCCCACCUUACCCUCAGGAAGGGCAGCAUAUUGAAGUUCAAACUUCUAGGAAGCCCUCAAAGACAACAACUUACCUACAGGAAUCUCAGAAGAGAGGCUGGCUGAAAAUGAUUAGCUUUAUUAAGAGCUUUUGCAAGUACCGCAGAUUUAUGUCUGAUCCCAGUAAACGCCACGAAUUUGAAGAAUAUCUUCACCUGGAAGUACAAAAUAGCAAGGAAAAUUUCUCCACAUCACCAAAUGUAUCAGGACGACCAACUGCAAAUGUCGCAAACGUCCGGAGUACAGACCUUGAGAAUGAAGAUAUAAUCCUUAUGAAGCGUCGUAUAUUUGGCCACAAGAUUAUCGUUGUCAACUUUGUGAUCAAUGAUUUAUAUUUUUUUUCUGAAAUGGAGAAAUUUAAUAAUUUGGUGAGUUCAGCUCACAUGCUGCAAGUCAACCGGGCAUACAACGAGAAUGACGUGAUGCUAAUGAGGUCCAAACUUAAUAUCAUCCUAAAGCUCUACCUGAAUUCUGAAAUUCCUCCAAGGCUGAGGGUGAACAUCUCUGAAUCCCAGAAGGAUGCUAUCCUUGCUUCCAUUGCAGAGGGCCACCUAGAUCGGAGCAUCUUCCAUGGAACUAUCAUGUCUCUCUUCCCCAUCAUUAUGUACUUCUGGAAAAGGUUUUCUUCCUGGAAGGCAGCCCACUCUUACUUCCAGUACAGGGGGAAGAUAUUUAAGGAUAAAAAAACUUCUCAAAAGCCCGCGCACAAGUAUCCUCCUUUGAGUGGAGGAGAUCACGCCAUUUUAAGAUUCACCUUGCUCAGAGGUAUUGAGUGGUUUUGGCCUCAACAGCGGGAAAUAGUAACAAGUUCAGUCGAAAAUUGUGAGUUGGGAUUGGAAUCCCACUGAUGUCAAAAGCCUACUCCACAGUUAGAGGAUGACUCUAAUGCCAGUUUGGCCAAUCUCCUUAGUGACCACAAGGAGACUGAGGUACCCAAAAUUCGAAGCAACUUUUUCCAAACCACACAGCUUGUGAGUGGCAGAGGUGGGAUGAGAAAUGGAUCUCUUGGCUGUCCUUCUGGGCCUCUGUGCAUAGCUCUCAUUUGGAUAACUGUACUUUCUUGAUUCUUUUAUAGCCCCUUGAAGGCAGGUUCCUUAACCUUGUCUGUAUCUCUGCUGGCUCCUCUGCCAUUUCUGAGUGUGAUGUGUGACCUUUAUUAAGAGAUGAUU